AUGACCGUCGUCGUGGAGCACAGCAUUCCGCAAGUGAGUACUGGAACAAUAAACCGCGAAGUGGUGAUGGUGUGCAAUAAGACUGGGCGUGUGUUGCGGUCGGGUUGGCAGGAGUUCAUGCUGCUGAGUGAGAGGGACUUCGUACGCACAACUGCUAUGCAGGAUGAACGAAUCAAUCGAGACGCCAAGCUGGAAAAGUUCAGUACUAGGGACUAUGGCACGGCGACCGAAGCCGAAGAUGUUGCCGUGCUGAUCGAGUCUGGGAGGAGAUUUCCUCAGGUGAUGAUGAUAUCAUUGAUGAUGGCGUUGAAACCUUGCUUGCUAGUAUCCGCGACAAGCGCUCCUGAGCGUUUGUUCCGCCUGGAUUCAUCCACAACUGAGACUACGCUUCAAAUGCGCAACAUCGGGGACAUGCUCAACAUGGCCGAGAUUCACCGCCAAGCGUACUGGGUCUAUAGUAUAAGCACAGCUACUUUGAUAUUAAUCGAUGCGGAAACGUUUGAUGAGUUCUAGUGAGCCCUGUGAGAUUCCAGGUCGUAUCGCUGUCUGGUUUUAAAUCAUGUCUCUAUCAGUAGUGGGGAGGGACUGACCGUGCGUAUAUUAGGAAUACGCUCUCCGACAUCCCUAUAUUGUUGGACUCAGGUCCGCUAGUUGACGUUUUGUACAGAAUCAGUUCAAUGAGACUGACGUCAAGUACAGAACAUCAAGUACAGAGCGUAUAUAUCGGACUCAACGAGUUCUAACACAAUGGCUGGGUGGACAGUUGUAUAAGUCAAGAUAUUGACACCUGACAUCAAAUAUAGAGUGUAUAUAUCGGACUCAACGAGUCACAACACAAUGGCUGGGUGGACAGUUGUAUAAGUCAAGACAUUGACACCUGGCAUCAAGUACAGAGCGUAUAUGUCGGACUCAACGAGUUCCAACACAAUGGCUGGGUGGACAGUUGUAUAAGUCAACACAUUGACACAGUGGUAGGAUAACAGGCGUCAAUAAGAGCGCCUAUGGAACCUUGCAGAGCUGAGGAGAUUGGGCUGAAGGUGGCUUCGAAAAUGGUCCGCCUAACACUGUGAGUCUGCCUUCGUGCUGAUCGUGCAUAUACACCACGGGGGAAAGUGUCCAUGAAUUUACUCACUACAAGGGAAGUACUCGGUUGAUAUGUAGUGGUAGGAAAGGAAUAGCUUAGUACACCACCAGACAGCAGGAUAAACAAAUCAGUAUGUCACAUCUGUACCAACACAAUAAAGACUAGGCCAUUCACAAUUUAAUGCGCC